AUGGCAUCGAAGGCAGGUGCGCAGUCGGCUGGAAGGUCGCCGACCGCAAGAGAGCACAGUGAGAGACCUGUCCCGUCGUGGAGCUCUGAGGGAACCUUCACGACAGGCCACGUGGCCAGCGAAGGCCAGGAGGGCUACGAAGAACAGUUUGCCGUUCCCGAUGCGGCUCCCGACGAGGGAGCCGCGAAGGGCCACGACGCAAGUCGCGGUCCUACCGGUCGGAAGCCUGCAAAGGCCGACGACCAACAACAACCCACCGCCAAGGCAGCCACGAAGCGCAAGUCGCCCAAGAGGAAGAAGAAGAAGCUGCGCGCGCCGGACUCGGCGGAGGAGUCGCUGUCCAAGCCGCAAGGCAAGGACACGGGACGUCAGAACACCGUCGUGGAGGUACGGUACGUCGUGGCGCGCACGGAGCUCUUCUGUCUGCUAGAGCAAGACCCAAUCUUGGUCUUCCUCAAGCCCAUGCUGAUGAGCAACUUCACAGGCUCCUUCGUGGCGCCGGACUUCGAUAGUCUCACCAGCGUCGCCCACGCCGCGCCGACUCUCUUCCAGAUGCUGCGUGACUCGGGGUUCGUGUUGGGAGCUUUCGAGAUGGAGAGGCUGUGCGACUGGGACCUCAAACGCAACGAGUUCCUCGGCGGGCCAAGACACGCCGAGUUCCUCGACGGGCUCAGCCCAGACUUCGACGACCACGCCCUCGCCUCCACCUCGAUACCAAUCGAGCGUGGACUUCAACAGCAGCUCGAGUCGCGCAAGCGCAAGUCUCCGGAGAAGCUCUGCGCGCCGGAUUCAGCGGAUGAACCGCCGGUCAAGGCGAGAGGCGACGACACGGGGAGUCAGUUCACCGCGGCGGAGAUGAGGUAUAUGCUUGCUGGAGUGGAGCUGAUCCGGCUGUUGGAGCACGAUCCGAUCCUGCGUUUCAUCAAGCCCAACGCGAUCAAGUUCACGGGCUCCUUCCGGAUGCCGGACUUUGACAGGCUCACGAACGUCACGCGAGCCGCGUGGACACUCUUCGAGAUGUUGCACGAAUCAGGCUUCAGCUUGGGCAUCACCGAGAGGACGGGAGUGUAUGACUGGGACCUCGAGUUGUGGACACGUACGAUCCGCGGCGUCUUGAGACCGUUGACGGUCCUGGUCGGAUCCACCCAACGCAAGGUGACUCCGCCUGGGACGGGCCCAAUCUCGACGCAGAAGAUAACUUCGUCCCAGUCUGAGUCGAGCGUGCAUUUCACGUCGAGGUCCAAACCCCGACGCGACGUAGAUGACGAACCCGCCGACUUGUUGGACGUGGACUUCGGGAUGCCGAAAACCACGGCCGCGAUCUCAACCACGACUUCGCCGGAACUGGACGAGGUUUCCAUCCAUCUGAGCGAGCCGCCGCGCGCUACGCCCCGUGAGGUCGCGCCAGUGCGUAUCACGGUUCUGCCGGAUCUGAAAGAAGCAAUUCCUAAGGCGCUGGAAGAGGCGAGCACGCAGUCUACGACAACUCAGGCGUCGAAUAUCCAUGUCGCUGCAGUUCAUGUAGAGCCAAGAAACUCGACGCGAAAAAACUCGACGCAGAAAAUGUCGACGCGGGACGCGUCGAAGGAGAUGCACCAGCAAGCACUUGGUAAUCACGCCGUGAUGUCCGUCGGCGAGCGCUCUACAACACGUCCCCAGCCGCGUCUCGGCUCGGGCAGCGACUUCGACGAUCGGAUGAACCUUGAGAACCUGGCGUAUGAAGUGACCUGGGACGAUGACGAAACCUGGCGGGAUGACGAACUCGUCUGGCCCAUGUAUGGAUGGCCGACGGACGAGGAUCUGGAAUUCGACGCGCGUCAGGGUGAGCAAGAGGAGGAAGAUCGCACGGGCAGGCGGACGUGUGCGUCUGAAGCGGCGGCGUCGCCGGACGACAAGUCACCGAAGUACGGCCCCUCGACGCGGUUGCGCGAGAUGACGACGGAAAUAACCGUCGUGAGGACGACGUGCGUACGGUCGGACCAAGGGUUGCGGAGAGGCGACUAUGCGGGACGCCCAGAUGAAGCGCCUGGAACUGAACAACAGGUCGAGGAUUCGUUGGGCGAGGUGGUGCAAGGCGUGCAAUUCUAUGGGAGCUCGCGGCAAUGGGGCGAGAUGCGUGAGACGGAGGGAAUGCGACACCGUGCGACAGCCGGGCGAAGGGUCGCUCUUGAGACGAAUGGAAUGUGA